AUGACGGUUAACCACCAAUGGACGAUCGUUUUUGGUAUCUUAGGAAACCUCAUAUCUAUAUGUGUAUAUCUUGCACCUUUGCCUACGUUCAUAAGGAUAUAUAAAGAAAAAUCGACGAUGCAGUUUCAUGCUUUACCAUACAUAGUAGCACUCUUCUCGUCUUUGCUAUGGAUGUACUACGCGCUCUUGAAGGGAAAUGCCCUUCUGCUUAUAUCUAUCAACUCCUUUGGAUGUGCUAUAGAAACAAUUUAUAUCGCUUUGUACCUUUUGUACGCAUCCAAAAUUAUUAGAAACCACACAGUCAAGUUAUUAGGCCUUGUCGAUGUUGCCGUGUUCGCAGUGAUUUUUCUUGCCUCGUUCUUCAUCUUCGAUGGUGAAACUCGCGUUCGGGUGGUUGGAUGGAUUUGUGUGGCUGUCUCCGUCAGUGUGUUUGCAGCACCGUUAAGCAUUACGUUUCAAGUUGUCCGAACUAAAAGUGUAGAAUUCAUGCCAUUCUUCUUGUCAUUUUUCUUGACACUUAGUGCAGUCAUGUGGUUUGCCUAUGGUGUACUUCUCAAAGAUUUGUGUAUUGCACUCCCCAAUGUUCUUGGAUUCGGGUUGGGACUUGUUCAGAUGUUACUGUAUGGGAUCUAUAGGAACCCGAAGCCAGUCAUAGAAGAGAAAAAAUUACCAGAGUAUGUGAAGAACAUUAUAUUUCUCGGAACCCCUGAAGUGCAUCCAACUGAUUCAGAAUACUGUGGAGAUUUCAAGGAUGAGAAGGCCCAUGCCCAAGAGGAGAAAAAGGAUGAAGAAAUUUGUGCUGUAACUUUGGAAAUGGAACCCUGUAGACCAGUGAAAGUGGAGCUGGAUUCACCUUCACCCAUUGUUGGUGCAGUUUAA